UAUGGGAGGAGACAAGAGGCAUCAUUUACAGUCUCCGGCUGACUGUGACACAGUUAUUUCUGCUUUGCGUUGUCAACAUGAGCGGAAGAGUUGGAGAUCUGAGUGUGAAGCAGGCAGAGACUUUGGCCCAGUUUCGGGAGAAGGUUCAGGAUAUUUUGCCUCAGUGUCCAUCUCAGACUGACCACUUUCUUCUCAGAUGGCUCAGAGCCAGAAAUUUCAAUCUACAGAAAGCCGAGGCGAUGUUGCGCAAGCACGUGGAGUUUCGGAAACACAUGAAGGCUGAUACCAUCACUACGGAGUGGCAGGUGCCAGAGGUACUAGACAAGUACCUCACAGGUGGCAUGUGCGGCUACGACCGUGAUGGGAACCCAGUUUGGUAUGAUGUCAUCGGGCCUAUGGAUCCUAAAGGUCUGAUGCAUUCGGCGACCAAGCAGGAUUUCAUCAAGUCCAAAAUCAGAGACUGUGAGAUGCUGCAGAAGGAGUGUGACUUACAGAGCGAACGGCUGGGUAAACACGUCGAGUCCAUUACUAUGGUCUAUGACCUUGAAGGUUUGGGUAUGAGGCAUUUAUAUAAACCUGCUGUAGAGACUUAUCAAGAGAUUCUCACUAUGUUUGAGGAUAAUUAUCCAGAGGGACUCAAGAGGUUAUUUGUCAUUAAAGCACCCAAACUGUUUCCCGUGGCUUACAAUUUGGUGAAACACUUUUUGAGUGAGGACACCCGUCGUAAGGUCGUCGUGCUGGGAUCAAACUGGCAAGAGGUGUUACAGAAGUACAUCUCUCCUGAGGAGCUUCCAGCGUACUAUGGAGGCAAACUGACUGAUCCUGAUGGUGACCCCAGAUGUAGAACCAAAAUUACAUUUGCAUCUGAGGUUCCCAGGUCUUACUAUGUUCGAGAAGCCAUUAAAACCGACUACGAUCAUUGUGUGACGAUUGGCCGUGGCUCCACCCACCAGGUGGAAUAUGAGAUACUUGCGCCAAACUGUGCAUUGAGAUGGCAGUUUUCUAGUGAUGGUGGUGAUGUAGGUUUCGGUGUCUAUUUAAAGAAGAGGAUGGGAGAGUGGGUGAAGGCUGGCCAGAUGAAGGAGAUUGUGCCAAGUGAGCGCUACAAUGCACAUCUGGUACCCGAGGACGGAUCCCUCACCUGUCCAGAACCAGGAGUGUAUGUUCUACGGUUCGACAACACUUACAGUAUUUUCCAGUCCAAAACAAUCAGGUUCUCAGUGGAGGUUCUCCUGCCUACUAAUAUAAACCAAACAGAGUUUUAAAAACGCAGUUUGAUGACACCAACAAGCAGCGGACAUAACUGAGAUUUAAAAAUCUCUGUAGCAUAACAAGCUGUCGAUCAUUUAACCAGUAUGUACUGUAUACUUCACUGAUCAUCAUGCAAAGACUGGCUGUAUGAUGCAACAACAUAUCAAAUCUUGAUUUAAGUGUGCAAUUAUUUACAUUUCAAUCUCUACUUCUUCUUUGGCAUUAAUGAAGUGUUUAUCACUAAACUCCAGUGUGGUUUAAGAACUGUAAUAAUUGUAUGGAGACCCUAAUAUAUGCUUGAAAUCUUUUAAUAUAUACAGUAUUAUUCAAGUUUGCCUUCAUGAUUUUGAUAGACUUAAGUGAUGUAUUUUUUUUUUUUUAAGAUAAUUCCUAGCUUUGAUAAGAAACUCAAAUAAACUCCUACCACUUUUACAUUAUUAUUUACUUUUGCUUGUUUUAAUAAUUAAUCAAUUUUAUGUUUACAUGAUCAUCAAAUGUUUUAGGUGUGCUGCUGUUUUCAAUUUUGGUUGAAUUUUCUCUUUUGCAUUCCACAAGUUGUAAAUGUUGUAAAAUGUUGAUCUUUCAUAAGUUUUACCUCAGGUCCUAUGUUUACACUGCCCAUAUUUGACUCCAAGAACUUGAUCUGUUUUGUCACUGUGCAUGUAUGUUUUUAUGUCUUCCUUUGAUUUUGUAAUUAUUGUAAUUUAUGAGCGCAUGAGUGUAAAUUUACUAAUGAAGUAUAUAUAAAAAUGGCAGAAACAUUCUCA